CCCUUUUGGUACAACUCACUACUCUCGACGAUUCUUCAUUUUUCCUGAUGUAAUCGAAUUUCUUCCAAAUACAAAGUAACGGACGAGGGUGUGUUUUGUACUAAUGAAAAUAGCUGUGUCUUGGUAUUUUUGAUUUUCCAAUAUCAAUUGAUUUAUUACUGCGAGUUUUGAUAAAUUACCUUAGGUUUUUUUUUUUUCGAAAUAAUUCAUGACUAUAAUUUUGUCCAUUCAAAGUCUCGAAUAAGCAAAUUUUAAUUACAUUGUAAAUAAAUGAAUGCUAUGCUAAUUAAGCUAGUACAUAAUACUGAAAUAAUUUUGAGUGUGACGGAUGAUAAUAAAAAAAGGUCAAUCAAUAUGAAUUGUUUCCAGCACAUUGAGAAUAUCCGGAUAAUCGUUGUGCCCACUGCGUUAAUUAAUCUUGCAUUUAUAUUCAUUGACUACCAAUAAAUACUAUUAACUAAUUUAAGAAAAUUUUGCAUUACACUAUCAGGUCCAUCUGAGCAUCACGUACUGUGCAAUCCUUCCUCUACAGUACAAAAUUCAAUUCAAUCUACAUCUAAAUUAUGUGAAUGAUACUUGUGUAUUUCACUAAAAUGAUCUAAAUCACAUAUGCAUCAGGCAUAAUGUUGUGGUAACUAAAUACCACAUCCUUCCUGUAAAAUUUCAGACGUUAUUUUAAAACAUCCUAAAUCUUCAUUCAGUUAGUUUCUUCUCAACGACUAUUAUAGCGUUCCUCAGUGAUCAAACAGAAUACAUUAUUUUUUACAAAAGAUUAAUUGAUAAUACCAUGUAUCUUUCUUGUGGGAAUUGGUGGUUUGGUCUAUGGCUAAUAAUAUUGCCGAUCAGUACGUUAGGCUAUAAUCUAGACGUGCACAGUGCAAUCAUCUACGCGGAUCCAAGCAAAUCAGUUGAAAAUCGUAGCAGCUAUUUUGGGUUUUCUGUAGCACUUUAUCCAAGAACUACAUAUGAUUCAAAGGCAGUAAUACUUAUCGGUGCUCCACGUGGAAAUUCAAGUGGUGCGUUAUCCGUUACCGAGCCAGGAGUAGUCUAUAGGUGCUUUGUGGAAGGAGAUUGUAAAGAGUGGGUUUUGGAUGUUAGUAAAAAUGGUAAGCUAAAUAAUAUUAUACAAAACAAGGAUAAUGCCUGGAUCGGCGCUUCUAUCGCUGUCAAGAACACAACAUCUCCUAAAGUUGUGGUGUGUGCUCCAAACUGGAAGUCUCAGUCAUCAUAUAUGAAUGGUAUGUGCUUCUGGAGCAUCGCACAAAAUGAUACUGCUUUCAAUACAUUAGCGAAGCACAGUAUAAAAGCAUUUUCCAGUACAUCAGACCAAAUUGAAGACAAAGCUUUUAAGUAUGGAAUGGCCCAAGGUGGUUUUUCUCUGCAUAUAAUAUCCGAUGAUUUUCCUUGGGACAUCAUGUUUGGUGCACCAGGUACUUACAUUUGGAAAGGUACUGCUGUACUUAGCACUGGAUCCAAAUAUAUUAUCCCAGAUUCUCGCAUAGUGAAUGGAGGCGAAACAAUCUAUAAUUAUUUUUUCGGAUACACUGGAUAUGCAGUUACAUCUGGUCAAUACUUCAGAAAGGGAGAACGCUUGUACGUUGCCAGUGCUCCACGUAAAAGAACCAUAAACGGGAUGGUACUAGUUUUUAAGUUUGCUGAAAAAAGUAACAGGAAAUUAUUAAUCAAAACAAUUGUUCACGGGGAACAACAUGGCGAAUACUUUGGUGCUUCUCUUACAUCUUGUGAUGUGAAUGGCGAUGGCAAGGAUGAUUUAAUUGUCGGUGCUCCUUUCUGGUCAAAGAAUAUGGAAGAAGGACGUGUUUAUGUUUUGUUUUCAAAAUACAAUGAUCACUUCAAUAAGCAAAUUGUUAAUGGUAAAGUCACAGGAGCAAGAUUUGGUACUACUGUCAUUUGUUUGGGUGAUUUGGAUUAUGAUGGGUACGGCGAUGUUGCAAUUGCCGCACCCUAUGAAGAUGGUUACGGUGCUGUCUAUAUACAUAACGGCGAUAAAGAUGGACUUUCAAAGAAACACAGUCAAAGGAUUUCUGGCGCUCAGUUUGCUGGCGGAUUGCGUGGCUUUGGUAUCUCUAUUUCUGAACCUCGGGAUAUCGAUAACAAUGGUUAUUCGGACGUUGCAAUCGGAGCUUAUCUAUCCAAUCGAGCUGUUCUGUUGCGUUCUCGUCCUGUAGUUAUCGUGAAGGUAACAUUGAAGCUUUCGCAGGAGACUAAAUUGCAGAGGAAUUCAACAUCCUUUUCCCUGAAAUUUUGCUGUGAAAUAUACGGAGCACAUAUCAAUAACUCGUUACCGAUAAUUACGAUCCUGAAGGUGGACGAAAUACAUGGAAGAGCACGACAUGUUCAAGAAGGAACAAAUGGAACUGAUAUACAGCCGCAAAGUUUGUCACUAAAUAAAAAACACUGCAACAUACUCAGAAUAGAUCUUAACAAAAAUAUUUAUAACUUCAUCGAUCCUGUGGAUAUUUCUGCUUCUGUAAAAUUGCAAUCCGAUCAAGACCUGGAAGAAAUGAUGUCACAAGAUCCUAAUUUAACGAAUUAUACAUUCUGUCGGACUUGUCCAGUCAUUAAUAAAGCUCUGUCGAAGACAGAGGCGUUUGUCCAGUUGCCCUUUGCCGUAGAAUGCGGCGAUGAUAAUGUUUGCAAUGCGGAUCUUUCAAUAGCAAUGAGUACUGAUCUCAAUUCGGAUAAUACAUACGUUAUCGGUUCACGAAAAACAUUUCAAUUAAUUGUUCAUAUACAUAAUAAUGGUGAACCUGCUUAUCGGACGCUAGCUGUCAUUUAUAUUCCGGAGCCCUUAUUGUUAUCUAGCAUACCAACAGAAUGUACGGAAAGUAAUACAGGUGCUAACAACACUCUGCAGAUAUUUUGUUACAUUGAGAAUCCUUUCAGAAACAACAAAACAUUAAUCAUAGAUCUGGAAACUGGUGAUCUAGUUGAUAUGGGCAAAGUGGAGGUACAGUCUAUGGUUUCUACACAGAGUGAGGAAAGUAAUCCCGAAGAUAAUAACUACACGUUGACAAUCUUCUUUGAUAUUGAUGUCGACAUUGCAAUCGUAGGAAAAGCACAAGAAGUCUCCUAUUCCUAUUUUCACGAGAAGGAUGAAAAACAAUUGGAAAGUAUAACUUUUCAACACAUUUAUGAGAUUCAGAAAUUUGGUGCCAGUCCCAUUAUGGAUGCUGAAGUGACAAUUUCAGUACCAAUUAUGUGGUCAGAUGAUAACGGUCAAGUCGAAGUUAUCAGCAUUAACAACACAAUUGGCUAUAAAGAUGGUCACAAGAUUCACUGCAGCAGUUCAAGCUCAUUAUUGGAAAAUGGAAUGUCGAUGAUCGAUUUGCCAGUUGCAUCAGCGAUACUGCAUACUUCAAAAUUUCAUAACGCAGAUUUCAGUUCAUCGGAGUUCAACAACAAAAACAGAAUGUCCGAACCGUUUUCUAUAAAUGAGAACAUUACUCUGAAUGUGCCUGCUGCUAAUAGAACUUUGUAUAUUAAUUGUACGAGUCCAUCAGUGACAUGUACUGAUUUCACAUGUUCGUUGGGAACUUUUAAAGAUUUGUUGUCUCAGGCCAAGAUUCUUUUGACAAUGAAUUUACAGUUAUUGAAUUUCAAGACGAGUAUGACAGAGGGCAAGGAUAUUAUAUUUGUUGUAUCCAAAGGUUACGUUACAAUUACACAGCCUGAGGGUAUUAUCCAAAGUCAACCAUCCAAACCGGAUACUGCUUUGGUUGGAACAACAUUUGUAGGAUCACCAGUUGCAGAUCGUAUUGCUGUUUGGAUAAUAAUUGUCUCUGUACUAUUGGGAGCAUUGCUGCUGAUAUUACUUACGUUAGCAUUGAUUAAGAUUGGAUUUUUCAAUAGAAAGAAAAAAGACGAACUGGAAGCAUUGAAAGCUCAGACUGAUACGAGCUAUGGGAUUAUUUUGGAAACAACGUCAUCAAGAGAAGUAUUGGAUCAAGAUUGAUCAUCAAAGACUUAUACAUAGUCAGUGAAAAUUCUUUAAGUAACUUUUCAUAUAGGUUUAUUUUUUGUAAAAUAUUUUUUUCAUUGGAAUACAGCGAGUGUAUAGGUACUGUAAAGUAUAAGGCAUAGGAUUCCUAAGGCCACUAAAAUCUUUAUAAAAAUAAUCAUAAUUUGUACGAAACGAAAGAUUUAGUUUAACUGUAUAAUUUUCUAUUGCAAAAUAUAAUUAUUUUGCUAUCGCAA